CCCGUCGCCUGCUCAGCGAGGAGAGAUUGCACUCGAGCUUCUCCUUCCGGGGGGGAUGCUCAGCCCCGCGGGAAAACGCAGAAAAGGGUCCUUGCCGCUUUAAGUGACUCAGGAAGUGAAAGGAGGCCGCUGACGGCGUGGGUAAAGUGGAACCGGGGCGGCGUGGGCCCGCGGCGGCCGCGAUCUUGCCGGGCAACGGAGGCCGGGCUGCGCGGCGCAGGGGUCGACGGGGCGCGGGCUGCCGCGCCGGAAGUGGCGCGCGAGGGACGGGGCGCGGGCGCGGCGCGCGGCGGAGAGACCGAGCGGGCGCCAGGCCCAGCGCUGACGGCUGGCCGGGCCCUCAGGCCUCAGCAGCUGCAGACGCGGCGCGGCACGGCGCAGCGGCGCGGCCCAGGCGGGGCGGCCGGCCAGUCCCCGGGGGAAAGCGGGCCUGCGUGAGGAGGCGCUCCGCGCUGAAGGCGGAGAGCACGCCAGCCGCUAGGCCUCGGCCUCGUCCCUGCAGCCACAUGGCCUCCGGAGUGGGCGCGGCCUGCGAGGAGCUGCCUCCCGACGGCACGUGUGACGAGUGCGAACCCGACGAGGCGCCCGGGGCGGAGGAGGUGUGCCGCGACUGCGGCUUCUGCUACUGCCGCCGCCACGCCGACGCGCAUCGCCAGAAGUUCCUCAGCCACCGCCUGGCCGCCUACGUCCAUGGCGCCCAGGCCUGGACUCCGCCGGCCAGCGGGGGGGACGACGCGCUCCCCGAAGACGGCGAGGCCAAAGGGGAGGCCGAGGGCGAGGUAGAGAGCGAGGUCGGGGAAGAGGAGAGCGAGACGGAGGUAGACAGUGAGUCGGAAGAAGAGAGCGAGACCGAGGAAGACAGUGAGGAUGAGAGUGACGAGGAGAGUGAAGAAGACAGCGAGGAAGAGAUGGAGGAUGAGCAGGAGAGCGAGGCGGAGGAAGACAACCAAGAAGGGGAAUCGGAGGCAGAAGGAGAAACUGAGGCAGAAAGCGAAUUUGACCCCGAAAUAGAGAUGGAAGCGGAGAGAGUGGCCAAGAGGAAGUGUCCAGACCAUGGGCUGGAUUUGAGCACCUAUUGCCAGGAAGAUAGGCAGCUCAUCUGUGUCCUGUGUCCAGUCAUUGGGGCUCACCGGGGCCACCAGCUGUCCACGCUGGACGAAGCCUUCGAAGAACUGAGAAGCAAAGAUUCCGGUGGACUGAAGGCCGCAAUGAUAGAGUUGGUGGAAAGGUUAAAGUUCAAGAGCUCAGAUCCUAAAGUAACUCGAGACCAGAUGAAGAUAUUUAUACAGCAAGAGUUUAAGAAAGUUCAGAAAGUGAUUGCUGAUGAGGAGCAGAAGGCCCUUCAUUUAGUGGAUAUCCAAGAAGCAAUGGCCACAGCUCAUGUGACUGAGAUAUUGGCGGACAUCCAAUCUCACAUGGAUAGGUUGAUGACGCAGAUGGCCCAGGCCAAGGAACAACUUGAUACCUCUAAUGAAUCAGCUGAGCCAAAGGCAGAGGGUGACGAGGAAGGACCCAGCGGUGCCAGUGAAGAAGAGGACACAUGAAGACUUAGCAUUCCCUGCAGAAAACGCCCCUUCCCCGUGUGUGUGUGACAGCGUGUAUGUAAUGGCUUCUGAUAUCUGUGAAAGCUGCCCGGCAACAAACUUCUUCUACUGGAAAUGUCCCCAGAUCCACAGCAGGCACACAUGUUCCCAAGGGACCAGGGGUUGUAUGCAUUCUGACUGUGUGCUUCUUGUUCUCUGUGGUAGGUCAUGGGAAGAGCCCUUUUGAUCAACUUGGAGGGCUCUUCAGACAACCCCUCAAUGGCUGCUUUGAACUUACUCAGGAAAGCCAGCCCCUGGAAUAUUGUGCAAGUCAACACUAUCACUUCCUUAGGAAGGUUCUAGAACAUCUCGAAAGGAUAUCAGUUUUCCUUACCUGCAAACAGAAAACCCACUUUGUUUGUACUGAAGCUUAAAGCAAAUGUGGCCAAGUGGGGCCAAACUGACUCAAUAGGCAGUCUGUCAUAGUCCAGUUCUGCCUCUGUGAAAAGUGUUAGGGCAACUGGGUUAAAAUAGGGUCGGAGAAAGAGUCCAGAGCUAGAAAGAAGAUAUUUUUAGUAUGUGAGGUUAUCUAGGACUUAAGUUUCAUAAUUCAGUGCUGUGGAAAUGGAAAAAUGAUUGAAAAGGUAGAAAGGAAAUGACCUUAAGGACUGGGGUGAGGCACAGAAAUCUGAUUAAAGGUUGAAAUCAGUGUUUCAGAAUUCAGAUGGCCUCAGUUUUCCAAAAUGGUCACUAAAGCAUCUGAUAAAAACCAGAAUUCUUUGGCCAGCUGUGUGGAUUAACAGGCCUGUCACAACAUAAAAGGCUGGCAUGUAUAUUAGCAGGUGGAGAUUGUCACUGUAAAACUUAGCAGUUCCACUCCGAGGUUAGUCUAUGGUUGUCAGUGCACCGUGAGGAGAAUCCUUGUCCCUCCCUGGCAGCUAGCAAACAUUCCUCUAUCUACUAUAAUUGGAAUCCUCCCUUACCCUGCAGCAGGCCAUCAGCUCACCUCACAUAGCCCAGCUGGGUUUCCCGGCCUUCCCACACUCCCAGAUCACAGUCUCUUACAACCAUGCUUUUCAGGAUCCAGGAAGUAGUAAGUGUGCUGGGAGAUACCCAACUAACUGCAAGCUCACAAGCACCACAUCUUCUUGAGACAUCAGUUUUUCUUUCCAAAUGAUUUGAAGUCAAGAGAUGACUGUAUUUUUUAAUGGAACAAAUGCUUAUGUUAUACAAGAGAAUGUCCAUACACCUAAAGUGCUAAACUAAAAUAGGAAACUUGGAAGGAAACUCAUAUUUGUAAAUGGACAGUGAAUCUAUCUCCUCUGCUUGUGUGGUAUUUCCAUGUUCACUUUGAGAUUUUGUCUGAACUGGAUUCAAGCAGCCUUGGGGUUGCUGUUGACCAAGGUCUAGACUUCCAGAUCCAAGGAGUUCCACCUUGGAGUAGUACAUCUUCCUUUUCCUGUCAGCCAGCUUGCCUGUGUACUUACCACAAAGCUUUAGGGGCAGCUAACAUGUGUAUGUACAGGAUAGUUCUGAGGCAGAAACAACAUAGACUUAUUAUAGGAGUCCUAUUUGUGUCAUUGUUCAGCCCUGUGCAUGCUAGAAAAUGAUUUAUCCCUUUGAGGCCAGGAAACUGCCAAGCCUCUCUGCUGUAGGCUAGGAUUACCGUAGCUCACCACACAUACAAGGAUAUUGGGGCAGAGAGGAGUGUGAGAUCUAAAAAUAUGUAUACUUUCCCCAGCUGGUGGCUAGUAGAUGGCUUAGACAAUUUUGGUGCCUUACCAUCUGUCUGCAAAGACUGGAGAAUUUAAUACAUCUUGAGUUGACAACCUCCAAUGAUGUCCUGUUCUGCCAAAAUUUUAAAAGAAGGGCCACUGUAGAAAGAGUGUAGACUAUCACAAGAUUGAAAAGACUUGACAGUUUGGAAGCUUGUAUUGUCUUUCCCGGUAAUCAUUGAUCUUUACAUGUUGACCUUAUAUUAGCAAUGAACAGAUCAUUGCCUCUCCACCCAAUCAUGCUAUUUCUUUAAAUCAGUGUUUGGGGAAUGCAAGCAUUUAUGCAGUGGUUAUAAACAGAAAUAUAAGAUUUGCCAACCUGUCUCUAUAAAUUACCAUCUCUCUGAAAUCCUCAAGGAAAGCAUUUUCCCUUUACUUAGGAAGGGUUUCAGAUUCACUUUAUGGGCUCCUGCUGUCUUCAACACUGAUAAAACUUUAACCAGAAAAGCAUUAAACACAGCACAGCCACCCCCGGCCCAGAUCCCUAAGUUCCUAGUGGCAGCAUUUAUCAAUGUAAGAACAAGAAUGCUUUCUGUACUGGUAUCAGCUUCGUCCUCAAAACUAUGACCUCUUACUUGGCCUUGUGCCCCAUAUUGAACGAAGCUUCUUGCCUUUCCAGGUCAGUGUGAGUUAAGAUUGUCAGAGUUGUAUGUGUCCUGACGGACUGUGGACAGCAGGGUUUACCCAAAUCAUCAAGUGAUACAGGUAAUGAAUGUCUCUAAAAUAAGUUGGGUCCUCCAAACAAGUUCCGGAUACCUUCUGAAGGUUAAGUUUCUGAGUGCUGAGAGUAAUUUGUUCAUUGGUUUGGUUUAAUACCAUUAUAUCUAUCUAGGGCAGUUCCAAGAAGUGCUUGACUUCUCAGCUCUGACAGCCAGUAAGAGUAAGUAACCUUAGGACAGGCAAUGAGCCUCUGUAGAUGUGCAGAGGACAAGUCACUUGUCUGUAGUUGCUAGCAAACAAUGGAAUCAGUUUUGAGCACAGCACUCCCUGCUCUGCAGUCAGCCCUUUGCCCCACACCAUGACCCACCUACAGAUUGAGAGAAAGGCUUUCAGUUCCCCCAGUGCAGUAUGCCCAUUCACACUCGGAAUUCUUUUUCAAAGACAUCAAGAUGGCCUUAGUACUCUGCUCUAGUAGAUGUUGUAAGUAUUCAUUGUUAACUUGAGCUUCCUUCCAGGAGCUGGACUUUUGGUACAAUCCCCACAAAGGAAAAUAAAGGCCUUCAAGAGUGUAAAGUUUUUAGACAGAGUUGGAGGUAAUGGUAGUCUUCUAACAUUAUUUAAAUACCUCCUGCCUCAUUACUAUAGAAAGCAACUGUUCAUGUUUUAGGAAACCCAGCUACCAUGUUUGUACUCUGAGAAGUUGCCAAUACAAAUCACUAAUUUUGGACUCCCUUCCUAGAGAGAGAGAGAGAGAGAGAGAGAGAGAGAGAGAGAGAGAGAGAGAGAGAGAGAGAGAAUGAGAAUGAGAUUUGUACACACCCACAUAUUCUGUACCACUUAAGAGUUAAGUGAAGUUCAAAGCAGCCCCUGGUGAUCUUAUUUACCACCACAAAGUUUUCUACUAGGUCCAUGAAAGUAUAAACAGAUAAUUGGAGUGUGACUGCUGGCUUUCCAGAAUAACCCACUUGUGGUAGGUGUCAACUCUUACAGCUCCAAGCCAAGGUGACAACCCAGCCCUCUUCCACCAUGUCUAAUAACAUGGGAAAUGGUAGAUGCCUUGUCAUUUGGUGACCUGGAUCUGGGCCCGAGUGUAGAGCUGCAGAAUUUAUAACCUUGUAGUAGUCAGUGGUCUAAGAAGUCCUCUCUCCCCACAGAGAAAAUGUCUUGCUGAUUCCUGAUAUUCUACUCUCAUAAAGUAGCUGUUCAGUACACACUUCUCAGUAAAUUGGUUGCUUGUUUACUGUGUGCUGAGCACAUCUAGAUUUUUUGUUUGUUUAAAGGUAAAAGUCCCAUUAUAAAUCAAGUCUAGUCCUGCCCUAAGAGAAAAGGCCCACAGAGACUGCACAUCUCACUGGCGCUGCCUUCACCCAUUAGUGUUUGAGGUCCACCGUCCUAUGGAGCCAGGUAUUCCCACAUCAUUCAGAUCACUGGUGUUUCCCAUUACUGUUUGAGGCUGAGCAGAAACACUAACAAGGACCAGAGCAGGAACGGGAAAAUAAAUAAAGACACUUGGAGUGCACUGUUGAGAAAAUAUCCAGAGUCCAUGCUGGGCUUGAUGUGGCUUUAGGGGACCAAUCAUACAUAUAUUAUAUACUUUAUGGAAGUUAAACCUGACCAGUCUUUACAGUGACAGGCCACAGCGCGUGAGUGGGUAGAACCAACGAAUCCAUUGUCUUCUGCCUGUUUUCGUGUGCACAGUCACAUUCCCUCCUUAGUCAUCUUCCCCUUCCACUCUUUACACUAAACAAGGGAACACUCAAUCUUUCAAGGGAAUUACAUAUCUGAGUUAAUGUUUCAGUAUAUCAUUUUCAUACUGUAAAUUAUUUUGUAAGAGAGAUUUACUGCUAUCCCAGGAUGUUCGGACUUGGCGCCCCUGUGCAUUUGGAAAUCAAUAAACUAUUACUGGAAAUAC